GUUUCAGUGUCAAAAAUGGUUAUCUCGUUCUUUAUAAUGCUGUCUCGUGGGCUGGUUGGACAUAUCUGUUAGCGCAAACGGUUUUGGAAUUGGUAAAAAACCAAGGUGACUAUACCAAAUCAUAUGAUAAUGUCGGUGUUUUAUUGAAGUUUGUGCAAACUAUUGCUCUUCUCGAGGUGUUUCAUGUAGUGGUUGGUCUCGUGAAAUCGCCCCUUAUGACCACUAUAAUCCAAGUGACAUCCCGUUUAUUCCUUGUCUGGGGCAUAGUUGAUUUAUUUCCAGAGGUUCGCACGCAUUGGGCAUUUACGACAAUGACAAUUGCGUGGAGUGUUACGGAAACCGUAAGAUACGCUUAUUAUGGUUUUAAUCUUUUAGACAUACAGCCGGCUUCUUUAAUUUGGGCAAGAUAUACAUUUUUCUUUGUCUUGUAUCCUCUUGGCGCUGGAAGCGAAGCGAUACUCAUUUAUCAGUCACUUCCAUACCUCAAAGACUAUACUUAUAUAUAUUAUGUGAAGAUAUUUGCUUUGUUGACUUAUCCACCCGGUUUCUAUACAAUGUACACGCAUAUGAUUUACCAACGUCGCAGAUAUCUUGGUCAAAAAAAAGGAGUCAAGCGCGAAUAG